GAGACGGAAGAGCCCAGCCGCCGCGGCGAUGGCGCUGAUGGUGUGCGCGCCGUCGCUGAGGAGAUCCCGGCGGUCCAGGAGGAGGCUGGAGAAGGACAUUGUCGGAGAGGAGAGGGGGCAGGAUGGUGAUGGCGUUGACAAUGGGAGAGCGAGGAAGACGAGGCGGAGUAGAUCAUCCAAGGUCGCCGAUAGCAAGGAAAGGUUGAGUCCUGUGCCCUUCUUGCCUCCUCCCUGUCCAGUAACAGAAUCGAGAGACACAGCAAUCGACUGCGAGGAUUGUCGCGGUGCCCUAGACGGGAUACAAGAACGUAUCUUCGAACUUGUGAUGUGGAAAAAUGCAGCUAAAUCCACCUUGUGGUUCGGCCUAGGCACCAUGUUCUUCUUGUCUUCUUGUUUCUCGGAGGAUUUUAGCUUCAGGUUUUUUUGUGAGUUUUACUUUGCCAAAACUCUAUUCUUGCUACUCGCAUCAGAUUCAUUGCAAAGUUGAGAGCAGCUUAUAUUGCAUUCAAGAAGCAUGGAAAUCUUGACCGCGCAAAAAACUAAUAGCAGUCUCCACAGCCACAUUAUUUUGGAAUUUGUUCAGUGUCAGGUCGCGUAUCUUUGCAAGUACAAGAACAGACUUAUGAUGUUCAUAUGUUAUUUCUCAAGGUGUGAACUAAUCUUCACUAAUGAUGGUUGUUCCUCAUGUACGCAACUAAUGCAGCUUUGUUUCAUAUUCUUUAGCAUUUAUUUCAGUGGUAAUACUUAGGUAUAACCAUCAACACGUAGAAGAUAGCGGGAAGGUAGAAAGUAAAGAAGAGAUUCAUUAAGCUGAUUUACCUUUAGAACAAGAACAAGUUCAACUAUGAAGCCCAUGUAUAUUUAGUGUUGAGCUAAUCCUUGACUUUUAGACCAAACAUUCUGAUGUUAUCAUUUUGUUCAAGUGUGUGCUCUUGAAAUCUGUA